GCAAAUAGUCGAUCUGUGUACCUCAAUCUAUUUAAAAUGAUGAAGAUUAUCGUCGUCCUUGUUGCCUGUCUGGCUGUUGCUACCUACGCCAAACCCAUUGGCUACAGAAUGGGCAUGUACGGAGGCCUUGGUGGCCUUGGUGGCCUUGGUGGCCUUGGCUAUGGCGGCUAUGGUAUGGGAGGCCUGUACGGAGGUAUGGGAGGUCUGUACGGAGGCAUGGGAGGUCUGUACGGAGGCAUGGGAGGUCUGUACGGAGGCAUGGGAGGUCUGUACGGAGGCAUGGGAGGACUGUACGGUGGAAUGGGAGGACUGUAUGGUGGAAUUGGCGGAGGAAUUGGACUUGGCAAAGGAAUUGGUAUGGGGUACGGUUACUACUGAGAGUCUUCUUACACAAGCCGAAGAUACAACUCUAGCUUUAUCACUAUGCAUUAAUGUAGAACCAAGAGUAGUUCAAUAAAAUAUAUC